UUCAGGGAGCUGGCGGCGUCUACUGCUUCUAAGCUGGAGAGAGCUGCACCAGUGCGCGGCGCCACCGCCGGAGAGGGCGACGAGAUAGGCAUCGAUCCGGGGAACGAGACUCCGGAGCAGCGCAACAAGUUCCUCGUCCUCCGCCUCUACGAGGCGCUCAACGCCCGGGACCACGCCGCCGUGCAGUCGCUCCUCGCCCCCGACCUCGAGUGGUGGUUCCAUGGCCCGCCCAAGCACCAGCACAUGAUGCGCCUCCUCACCGGCGGCGGCGGCAGCUCUGGAGGCUUCCGCUUCGUCCCGCGCUCCGUCGACGCGCUCGUCGCCCCCACCCCCACCACCUCCACCACCGUCAUCGCCGAGGGCCACGAGGGGCGGUGCUACUGGGUGCACGCCUGGACCGUGGGCGCCGAUGGGGUGAUCACCCAGCUCCGCGAGUACUUCAACACCGACCUCACCGUCACACGCCUCGCCGCCGUCGCCGUCGCCGCCUCCGCCAAGUGCGUGUGGCAGAGCCGCCGCCCCGACAGCGCCACCAACUCGCUGCCGGGCCUCCUCCUCGCCCUCUGAUCUCCAAUCCAUAUCAGAUCAGAUCAGAUCAGAUCCAUCACCCAAAGUCGUCGUCGUCGUCGUAUAUUAUUGGAGUAUUUUGGUUUGCGCCUUUUUCUUUUUCUUUCACUUUAAUUUCGUCCUACUAUAUACUAGUGAGUCGUGAGUAUCCAUCCACCUACGUAUUGUACGCCGCCGUCGAUCUAUGGCCACGUCGACGCGUUGCUUCUCGUGUCCUCCUGCUUUGUUCUACUGCAACCUACUACUAGUAUUGUUCUACUCCAAUAAAACAUUAUCAUCACUAUUGUGUUCUGUAUAUUAUUGUCUGCUUAACUAUUCA